AUGGGUUUAUCUCUGCGCCCACAUGCCGUCAAGGCAACAUCUUUGAAAAUUAUACCCCCAUCCGCCUUUCAGGAGGUCCCCUCCUCUCUUUACGCACCACAAGAAGCCCGUCGACCACACAAAACCUCGGACCUUCUUGUCAGAGGAGGGAGCAGCAGUAGCAGCACCGUUGGAGAAGAGUACGAGCUAGCCGAGUACAAGGCCGGCGACAAACAACGGGAGCGGGAACGGGAAUACAACGAGAAAACACGCGACCGGCAGCGCAGGUACAACGUCAGGCGGGCCGAGAAGCGCCGUUGGCUCGAACACAACGACGAGAUGAAGUUCUCCCACAGCAUCCAGUUCAAUGCUGUGCCGGACUGGAGCAACCACUACAUCGUCUACAGCACCCUCAAGAAGCUAAUAUACUCGCUCGAAAAGUCGAUCCACCUCGCGUCCGGGGGCGACGGCGAGUCACGACCCCUGAUCCAACAUGACGACCCCGAAACCAUCUUCACCCGCGCCCUCGAUGUCGAGCUGGAAAAGAUCACAUCUUUCUACGUCAUCAAGGAGAAGGAGCUGACAGACGAGGUCGACGCCCUCUUGAAAGAGGUGGCCGCAUUCGAGGAGGGAGCCGACGAGCACACACGACCCGCCACCCGGUCCAGCGAGCGACCACAGCUGCGCUACCGCAGCCAGAGCGCCAGGAGCCGUCACUCAACCGAAGAUGAUGGGCAAGAAGAUAGCGACGAUGACGACGGGGAUGGCGAGGCGACCGGGCUCACUAAGAGGAGAAGGGGAAGCUUUGGGAGACGCAGGACGAUCCCCAAUGCCAUGUUGGCCUCCACCACCGACAUGACCGCUUCCACCGAGCUCACCAGGUCGCUCAGAAGGCUGAGCGUCACGUACGAUGACUACGCCGAGCAGGCCGCUCUCUUUUCCAACGGCAUCAUGCUCAAGAAGAAAAUCAUCGACGUUUACGUCCGCCUCUGCGAGCUCAAAUCCUACAGCCAGCUCAACAGGACCGGCUUCAACAAGAUUCUCAAAAAGUUUGACAAGAUUUGCGACCGCCGGCUCCGGUCAAAGUACAUGAGCAGCUUUGUCGACUCUGCCUACCCCUUCAAGCCAGAGACGACCAAGUCUUUGGAGGAGCAUAUCCAGCGCAUUGUCCAGGCCUACGCCGAGAUCGUCACGGACGGCGACGAAGCCGCCGCCACCAAGGAUCUCCGGUCACACCUGCGCGAGCACGUCGUCUGGGAGCGCAACACGGUUUGGAGGGAGCUGAUCGGCCUGGAAAGGCGAGCCGAAGCCGCCAGCCUGGGCCACACGCUGCUUGGCCGGGAUGCGGACCCCCAGGCUACUCGGCUGCAGGGCGAUGACGACUUGGUGUUACCGACCAAGGCGAUAAGCACCCCUCUUGGGCGCUUCAACCUGCCGACCUGGCUCGUCAGCUCCACCAUGUUUGCGCUUGUCGUCAUCUUUGCCGUCUUUGUGGCCAUGCUGCUGGUUCCGAUCAUGGAGAAGCCGGAGCAGCAGAACUGUCUGGCCAUUCUGGUGUUUGUCAGCUUGCUCUGGGCGACGGAGGCGAUCCCGCUGUUUGUGACGUCGUUGACGAUUCCGUUCUUGUGCGUGGUGUUGCAGGUUUUCUUGGACAAGGACGAGCCUCACAAGCGGUUGGGUGCCAAGGACGCCACGGCUGCCGUGUUUGCGGCCAUGUGGACGCCGGUCAUCAUGUUGUUGCUUGGUGGGUUCACGCUGGCGGCUGCGUUGUCGAAGUGUUAUAUUGAUAAGCGGAUUGCCACGUUCGUGCUGAGCAAGGCGGGGACCAAACCCAAGACUGUGCUCAUUGCCAACAUGGCUGUUGCGGCUGUGGCGUCGAUGUUGAUCAGCAAUGUUGCGGCGCCGGUUCUGUGCUUCGGCAUCAUUGAGCCCAUGCUCCGGAACCUGCCCUCGGGAUCGGACAUGUCCAAGGCUGUUAUCAUUGGCAUCGCGCUGGCGUCGAACAUCGGUGGGAUGCUCUCGCCCAUUGCCUCGCCGCAGAACGUGGUGGCCAUCGGUAUCAUGGAGCCGGCGCCGACGUGGGGUCAGUGGUUUUUUAUUGUCAUUCCUGUCGGGAUCAUCUCGCUGGUUCUGAUCUGGAUCUUGCUGCUGGUGACGUUCAAACCCGGGCGUGGCACCACCAUUGUGCCCACCCGCCCCAUCAAGGACCCUUUCACGGGUAUCCAGUGGUUUGUGACAAUCGUCACCGUCGCCACGAUCGGCCUCUGGUGCGCGUCUCACACUUUGGAGAAUGUCUUUGGCGACAUGGGCGUCAUCGCCAUCAUCCCCAUUGUGCUCUUCUUUGGCGUUGGUAUCCUCACGAAAGAAGACUUUAACAACUUUCCCUGGACCAUUAUCAUUCUUGCUGCUGGGGGGUUGUCAUUGGGCAAGGCGGUGAACUCUUCCGGCUUGUUGCAUACCGUCACGAGGGAGAUCACGGCUCAGGUUGAGGACUUUUCGCUGUAUGGGAUUUUGGUCGUGUUUUCGACUUUGAUUUUGGUGAUUGCGACUUUUAUCAGUCACACGGUGGCGGCGUUGAUUAUUUUGCCGCUGGUGUACAAUGUUGGCAAGGGGCUGGAGGAGCCGCAUCCGAACUUGUUGGUGAUGACGGGGGUGCUGAUGUGCAGUGCUGCGAUGGGGUUGCCGACGAGUGGGUUUCCGAAUAUGACUGCUAUUAUGAAGGAGGAUCCGGCGGGGCAGAGGUAUUUGCAGGUGAAGCAUUUUAUCAGCAGGGGGGUGCCGAGUAGUGUUUUGACGUUGGUGGUUGUGGUGACGGUUGGGUAUGGUGCUAUGAGGGUUUCGGGGAUGUGA